AUGUUAAAGACGCCGUCACCGAGGGUUGAAAGAAUUCAGCUAUUUUCUGAUCGCGGCGGUGGCUCGCCCUACGACGAAGGGGGGGCGCCGGAACUCGGAAAUGAAGGUGGCAGCGGCGGCCUUGCUGAGGACGGCGACCGCAAUUCAGCCGGCAAUCGAUGGCCGCGAGACGAGACCUUGGCUCUGCUCAAGAUAAGGUCCGAUAUGGACUUCGCUUUUCGCGACUCCACUCUUAAAGCUCCUCUUUGGGACGAAGUUUCAAGAAAACUAGGCGAGCUCGGGUACCAGCGGGGAGGGAAGAAAUGCAAAGAGAAAUUUGAAAACAUCUACAAGUACCACAAGCGAACCAAACACGGCAGAUCCAGCACGCCCAAUGGCAGAAACUAUAGAUUCUUCGAGCAGCUGGAGCCUUUCGAGUCCCAGAUUCCGACAUUCGCCAUUGAGACUCAUAAAGCAACACCAACCACAAACAGUCAAGAUUUCACCCUACCUUGUUCCUCCACGUCCACUGCUUCCUCUUCCGAGGAAACUGAAGGUAACAUCAAGAAAAAGCAGAAAUUGGUUGACUACUUCGAGCGGCUGAUGAGGGACGUCCUUGAGAAGCAGGAGGAACUGCAGAGGAAGCUUCUGGAAGCCAUUGAGAGGUGCGAGAAGGAACGCGUGGCCCGGGAGGAGGCCUGGAAGGCCCAGGAGACAGCCCGCAUCAAGGAGCAGCAGGAGCUCCUGGCCCGAGAACGGGCACUUUCCGCGGCCAAGGAUGCAGCCGUGCUCGCCUUCCUGAAAAAGAUUGCGCAAGAGACCAACACGGAAAUUCUCGACCUGUCUUUAUUGGAAAAUACUUCAAAGAAGCAGGAACAUGAUAUCCUGGAGAAGUUGGGUUACUUGCAACCGCGUGGUGAAACUUCUACUACUAAGGUGAAUUUCGCUCAGACAAAUUUUACUCAGACGGGGUCCGCUCGGUGGCCCAAGGCAGAGGUCGAGGCUUUGAUUAUGCUGAAAAUGGAUCUUGAUAUGAAGUACCAGGACAGCGGGCCAAAGGGUCCGCUCUGGCAGGAGAUCUCAUCCUGCAUGAAGAAGCUCGGCUACGAGAGGAAUGCCAAGAGGUGCAAGGAGAAAUGGGAGAAUAUAAAUAAGUACUACAAGAGAGUGAAGGAUGGGAACAGGAAGAGGCCCGAGGAUUCCAAGACGUGCCCCUAUUUCAACAUGCUCGACUCCAUCUACUCGGGAAGGUUCGAGAAGCCGUCUGGACUUGAUGGGUUGAAGCCCGAGCAAAUCUUGAUGCAGAUGAUGGCCCAUAACCAACAGGUGGUGCAAGAACAACCGUCGAUUGGGGAAUAUGACAGUCGUGAUACUGAAGAGCAGCAAGGGGAGGACAUGAAAGAUUGUGAAGGUGGGGAUGGUUAUGAAGUUGUUGCAAAAAACCUGACCUCGGUUACUAGUUUGGGGUGA